AUGUCUGGAGUGCGUGGAAAAUAUUUGGUCGAGUUAUGUAAACAAAAAGACGUCCAGCAGACGAACCAUAACAAAAUAUGUGAGAUAAUACAAGAUUGGAACCAGGAAAAAGUGUCGUCUCCAGUACCUGAUGAUGUUGAUACAAUUAUGACACCACAAUUUAUGUCUAUGUUUGAGGAUGUCUUUGAAGGACCUAUUGAACAACACGAAGAUGAACAUUUUUCUUCAACACGACUCACUUCUCCAAGUCAGUCGACACAAAAUCAGAUUAUAAAAGAUGUAAAUUUACACAUCACAGAACCAGAUUCACCAUUUAAUUAUUCUGCUUGUUUAGCUACUGAUGUACAAAAGCCUUCUCCAAUGACUUCGACUCCACAGUCCGUAGAACAUCUAUUUUCUAUAAGUGUUGAAAAUUAUGAAUCGGACUACAAUGAAUGCACCCCAAUGCCUUCACCCUAUUGUGACUUUAGCAAAUGUUCUCAAAGUGCUGAUGAAACUUUGAUACCGACCACGAUUCCUGAAGAUGAUGUAUCAGAGAUAUCAAGAAAUAUUCUCUGUUCCAAUCCCCCAUCGCUUAUUAUGCCUUUAGGUACACUUUGUAAUGAAACACAUUCAGUGUCGGAUAUAAAUCCUUUAUCCGUUUCUUCUACUGCUACAUCAAAUGAUUGGACAUCUUAUGAGAGUAGUGGAACAAAAAAUCCACUAAAUAGACGCUCAUCAAAGAAACGAUCCGACAAAGGACGUAGGCGCAUUAAGCAUGUAGAAGACUGGGUGGCGACGAAAAGAAAACGUCUUUGUAAUACGGGACAAGAAUAUAUUUCUAGAAGAGGGAAAGUCAAAGAGGCAAGAAAAAUGAAACCAAUUUGUAGUUAUAACUGUCGGCUACAGUGUCGUGAAAAUUUCAGUGAGGAAAUACGGCUAGAACUAUUUACUAAAUUCUGGGGUACGGGGAGCCAUGUUAAGCAAUGGCAACUUAUUUCCAAAUAUGUCUUCCAAAAAAGAAAAAAACUUGCACUAAUCUUGAAAGUAAAAGUAUUCGACGAUUAUAUACAUUGCAUUAUCAUCUUCCAAUAA